UCCGGAUCCCAAGAGCAUGAGAGGACCAGGAGUAAAGAAGCAGCAGGAAUAUCCGCCUAGCAGUGUUUUACUCUCCAAAGACCCAACAGAUACUCAGAAUGAACAGGUGUGUCGGUGGAGUGUGUGUGUCUCUUAUUGUGUGCGCGUUUCUCACGGAAACACUCGGAAUGGUGAUCGCGGCAAAAGAGAAGAGAGGAUGGACCCUCAACAGUGCUGGGUAUCUUCUCGGUCCCCGUCGUAUUGAUCACCUUAUACAGAUUAAGGAUUCUCCCAGUGCAAGGGGGAGAGAAGAUCUGCUUGGUCAAUAUGCCAUAGACAGCCACAGGAGCCUUAGCCUUAGUGACAAGCAUGGAGUGUCAGGGAAGAGAGAAAUGCCAAUAGAGGAAGAUUUCAAGACAGGAGCUCUGAGGAUAUCAGAUGAGGAUGUUGUCCAUACUAUCAUAGACUUUCUUUCUUAUCUCAAAUUAAAAGAAAUUGGAGCUCUGGACAGUCUGCCUUCUUCUCUCACAUCAGAGGAAAUAAGUCAAGCCUAAUUUUGACCGAAUCCAGCACUGACACACCGUGACCUCCACCGCGCUCUCAGAGGCUGUAUUAACGUUCAAAUUCUUCACCGCUAAACUGUCAAUAUUACCACGUAACUUUACUCUGUCAGAAUCACUUGACGGCUGAAGUGGAGAUGGAUUAAAAAAAUAAAACUCAUAAAUGGCAUUCGACUCA